UUUUAGGGUGCAGUAGUGAAAGGAAAAGAAAUGCCUGCUUGGAGCCGACAUCUCGGGCUUGAUGACGCUGAGGCGGAGAAGGUUGAGAAACGUGGAAGGUAUAUUGCUGUAAGAACAUUGGUUGGUGCUGCCGUGUACCCGUUAACACAUGUAAAAAUUCUCUUCCAGCUUGGUUAUGAACCAUUUCCUUUAGCACCUGGAAAAUUCUUAUGGUUCUUCCGCGAAGCUUAUUUUCUUCCAAAUGGUUUCAAAUAUGCCAAGAAAAUAUACAACCGUUUCGGACUACGCAAACUCUAUGCAGGCAUCGAUGCUUCUAUAGUUUCCCAGUUUACUUCCGGGUGUAUUGAUCUUGCAACGAAUGUUUACAUGGAUCGUCAUUAUUCCGAAAUUGGUGGAAAACCAAUUAACCUUGACAAAGAAGAAUCAGAGAUGAGUGAUACAGAAAGUGUGCGUCGUGUCUUACGUUUCGCUAUGCGUGAAAGUAUUUCUCGUACUGUUGCCGUCAUUUUUUCACGCCCAUUUACUGUGAUUAUGAUCAGGCAGAUAGCGCAAAUUGUGGGUGGUGAACUCAAGUAUCAUAAUGUGUUAUCCUCCUUACGAUUAGUCGGCGUUGAAGAGGGUCCGAAAGGAUUGUUUUCAGGUUUGAUUCCGCAACUGAUUGCGGAAUAUUUAUCAAUAUGGGGUAUACAUUUUGUACUUUUUGGUAUUGAACGUAUUACAUUGCGUGCUCAGCAAGAUGCCAUUCGUUCUAAUAACAAGGAAGAAGAGAAUUUCGUUGUUUCGACACGCAAAAUGCUACAUUUGAUUGCACCAGUAUUUGUGAACAGUUUCACAUAUCCAUUCCAGGUGGUGUCAACAGUGAUGGCAGUUGCGGGUUCGGGACUCGUCGUUUCGAUGUUGCCAUAUAGUCCGCCGUUUGCGAUGUGGCAGGAUGCUUAUGAUUAUCUGUUGCCAGUUAACGGAUUAAAACGAGGCUCGAGAAUAUUUUGGCGCGAGCAUAGUGGAGCUGUUAGCGUGGGUCCUGAUCAAGAGCUUUAUGCCGCCAAUAAGUAUUUCGUCUGAUGAAAAGAUCGACAGGUGCCACAGUUUUCUAAAAUUUGUGCGAUAUUUCCUUUAUGUUUAUACUGCAGCAUUUAUUAUUAGGUAUACUUACUGUCAGUGAAUAAUGUUGGCUGUUUUUUUUUGAAAUUGUAGGAGCUUAAGAUGCUGCUGGUGAUAGAUUUUUGUUUAGAUUUUUAUUCACAAAAAAAUCCACAUGCUCACUUCUUUGCUGUGUUCAGUUUCUGUGGUAAGAUUUUUAAGUAAUAAAGAUGAAAACACUUCGUAUAUUUCAAUUAUCCGUUGACGAUGAGUUGUUGCGAUAAACGAUAAAUGAUAACGAGAUCAAAUAGUGGUUUUACUGAAAAAAAAAAAAGCAAAGAAAGCUUCGAAGAAGUUAACCAUCCUUUGAUUUUCAAAAAUAUGAGCAGUUAGUGGUCUCUGUUUGGGACCA